AUGGGCGCGAUCUUUUCGAGUGGACAACCCGGCUCAGCAUGCCAACGCAGCAGUGCGAUGCAGAACCUCAAUGGCGAUUGGAAGCUAUUCGUCGAUCCAAACAACGCGAGCAACACUGUCCGUGUAACGUUCGGAUCUGGACCCAAGGCGAAGCUUGUCUUUCAGGGGAACUCGCUGGAGGUUUGGGGGGCGCAGAUAGAGCCAAAUAAUGGCCCCAGUGGCGGCUCUUCGUACACCAUCGACGGAGACAAAGCCACCGUUACGGGGUUUCAAGAUCCCUCGGAUAUCAACGACGUUAUUCUUCGCAGCUGGAUGGGCAGUUACGGGAACCAUACACUCACCAUAGAGAACGACGGCGCGGCCCUUGGAAUCGACUUCUUCAAAAUUGGUCGUCCUCCAGACACGUCUCCAGACCCGGCAUCGUCGUCAGCCUCUACGUCAACCAUUGCGACUUCAAGCUCUCCUGUGUCGUCGUCAUUCCCCGUUGGCUCUCCUCAUGGUAUGUACAUCAGGAAAAACCCAAAUUCAUAA